CAGUCGGGCUUCGUUUCCGCAUCCGGCCCUUCUAGUCAGCUGCGCGCUGGGGAGGCUCUAUGGUGAGGCGCCGGGCACAGGGGCGGGAGGCGCAGGGCUGCCCUGCUCGGUGAGGGCGGCUGGAGCCCCGCGGGGCCCUGCGCCGCCGCCUCCCGCCGCUGCGGGCUCGGCUCGGCCUCCUGCCCCGCGAGAGGGGUGUCGCGGGGAGCGGCAGCGAUGAGCGUCGCGGAGCGGCCUGAGGAGAUGGUGGUGGCGGCGGCCGCGGGGAGCCCCGGGCGCUCGCUGGAUCCUAGUGAUGUAUCUCCAGAUGAAGGGGUAGUAGAAGAUCUGCCUUUAAUAGGUGAGAAAGCUGUGGAGCAGCUGACUGAAGGACUGCUUUCUCAUUAUCUGCCUGAUCUUCAGCGAUCAAAGUCAGCACUACAGGAACUUACACAGAACCAAGUGGUAUUGUUGGAAACAUUAGAACAAGAAAUUUCAAAGUUCAAAGAGUGUAACUCCAUUCUUGAAAUCAAUGCUUUGUUUUUAGAAGCCAAACACUAUCACAACAAGUUGGUGAAUAUUAGAAAUGAAAUGAUGAUGCUCCAUGAGAAGACAUCAAAGUUAAAAAAAAGAGCACUGAAGCUGCAACAAAAGAGACAGAAGGAAGAACUAGAACGGGAACAGCAACGUGAGAAGGAACUUGAAAGAGAGAAGCAGUUAACAGCGAAACCUGCUAGGAGGACUUGAAAGCAGAGCAUGCAGCAAUCUGUCUGAAUUAAUAGUUUCUGGAUUUUCUGGAAUUAAGGCAGAUGCCCCUUAAAUGGGGCUAUAGCCGUUUCUAGCAACAAUCUACUCUCUAGUAUGAUAAAGUCAAGAAUGGUAAUAAUAGGGUUGGGUAACAUUCAAAUUUUUUCAUUUCAGCCAUUCAAGUUGCCUUCUUUUGUAAUGCUAUGCAGUUUGAUAUAUAAUGUAAGUUAAUUUUUUUAUAUAUGUAUGUAUAUAGGGGAACUUGGGCUUCACAGUUCCAAAUACCUAUCAAUUUCUUUCAUCUGUUCUUGUGUUUAGAAUUCUGAGAUACACUUGGUGAACUGGCACACGUGUUUUUCAGACAAAACACAGAAUACCAGUUAAAGUUCAGUUCUCGUCACUAGACUUCAGUAGCUGCCCAUUUCACAGUUGGGAUCUCUUUGGGUUCAUAAGUACUGACUCUUGGUGUAACCUCAGUUUGGUCUAUGUCUGAUGAACGGAAGAAAGUUCCAGUGUAUUUGCCUGAAAGCUCACUUCAUUGCAGCAGUCUGAAUUGGUGGUGGCAGGAAAGCAGACCACUACGGGUCUCAAAACUGAUGUGUGCACAACGCAAAGAUGAAUGAAUUUGUGCUUCCACAUACAUUUUAGUCAAACCAGGGAACUGAUACUUCCGUAGUGGUCCAACAGGAAGACUGUGCGGUCCAUGCAGAUUUCUGGAAAAUUAGAAGGUGUAGUUUCCUCAUUCUGCGUGACAAAAUACAACACAACCAAAAUGAAACAAUUUCCUCUUCACGUGAGUUUUGGUUACCUAUAGGAAAAACUACUGCAUUUAUUUUUUUCCCUAACCCGUGAUUCACUUGCACUUCAGGGCUGUGUGAGAGAAUUUCUGUUACACUGUCCUUGCCCACGUUGGUGAUCAGUAGUGUGUACUGAUGAUACAUGUGGAAUAAAGGCUGAUAACCUUUUCUCUGAAUGUAAUUGCUCUCUUGCAGCACUUGGUGUGAACUCUCAUUCAAAUGAAAAUACGUGUUGUCUAGACUGGUGAAAUAGCUUUAAACUAUUGGUUCCUACAGUCUAGGAAACUACUUAUUUUAUAUCUGUGUUAUUUUUUAAGUAGUACUGUAUAAUUGGUGUGUUUUGAAGUAAGAUGCAGGGUAACCUAUGUAAACUUUUCCAUAAGAUCUCUAUAGUGAGGUAUCAGAGGGGCUCAGUCAAUUUUACUUUCUUACACAGUGUGCACCUGGUUGGACUCUUCUGUAUUGCAAAUUUUCUGAACAACUUAUUUCCUGUUCUUGUCAUCUUUUCCUGUGAAAGACAUACUCUACUGAGUAAUCAUCCAACAGGCAAGAUAAACUGGGAUAAUGUUUUGGAGCAAGGAGAACAAACGAAGUAGUCUGAAGAGACACUGAGAUGCUGUUACUGGAGCAGUAAUAGAGUAAAAUUUUUCACAGGUACUUUGCCUUUAAGUUGACUUGUGUCUGUUCAUUGCCAGUGGAUUGUUGACCUGUGCUGUGGUGUGUAUUUCUGAGACAAAUGUAAAGAAUUUCUUUUUGGAGCGGAAUGUACAUAACUAAAUGUUGUUUAGAUAUUUUAUAAUGUAAUUUCAAAACUAGAUUCUGGGAAUUUAAACAGUUCCUAUUAAAGCACAACAUGAAACUGGAUGCCUCAGUAUCCAAAUUGGGA